AUUUGAGAUAUAAAAAGCCAUUCAAUUCGCACCACAGAGUAUAGUUUUACGAGGAUUCUCUAAGAGAAGACAAGGAAAAAUGCGUGCUUUUGUGAUUUUAAGUGUCAUCGCUGUUGCGUCUGCAGGACGAUUAGGAUACAACUACCAACCGGGAGUAUCUGGAUCCAAUGAUUUCAUUUCUUCCGGAUCGGGUUACAAUCCUGUAUUGUCCCUUGGCAGUGGACAAGGUUCCAGUUUUGGUUCUGGAAACUCAGGACUCGGAAGUGGCUUUGGUGGACAAGCCCAAGGAUCUGGUAUUAGUUAUGGCAUAAGCGGUGGAUCAGGUCUGGGAAGUGGAAUUAACUACGGAUCUGGACUGAACGUUGGAGGUGGUUCAAUUGGAUCAGGUUUUGGUAGUGGAUUAGGAUCUGGAAUCAACUAUGGAUCAGCUGGUUCGAUUGGAGGUGGAGUCAGUUAUCAACCUGUUACCAACCGUGUCAUUGACGGUGGACUCAGUAAGGAAUACUUUAUCUUUUCUGCUCCAGAGGAACAAGCCCAACAAGGUUACAACACCCAAAGUGUAACCACUUUAUUGAAAAAGAAUCUUCGUGUUAUCUUCAUCAAGGCUCCAGAGAACAACGGAAUCCACAAUGCUGCUCUCCAAAUAGCCAAACAAGCAACUGAAGACAGAACUGCCAUCUAUGUCCUUAGCAAGGAACCUGAUGUAUCAGAAAUUGCCAACCAAGUCCAACAAAUUAGUGAAAAUGUUCGUGCUAAGCCAGAGGUCCGAUUCAUUAAGUACAGGACACCUCAAGAUGCCAUUAAUGCUCAACGUACUAUUCAGCAACAGUAUGAAGAAUUGGGUGGAUCUUCACAAAGCUCCAAUGAAGGUAUUGCCCCCGUUUUGAACUUUGCUUCUCCCGCUGCUGCCGUGCACCAUAAUGGACAAGGUUCCAAUUUGAUUGCGUCCGGCUCAUCAGUCAGCCCUUCAACAUCAUCUCUCGCUCUGAACUUUGCUUCUCCAUCAGCACAAGGUUCCCAAGGCCUUAAUUUGGGAAACAUUGGUUCGUCUUCUAAUAAUAUCGCUGUAAAAUCCGAAAAAGAAUACUUGCCCCCUGCUGUUAAGAAAUGAGUAUAAACUUUUGUUGUCUAUUUGAAUUAUGAAUUGUUGAGGUUGAAAUAUACUGCUACGAAUAAAAAUUAUGAACUUA